AUGACUGGUCCAAGGCCUGGAAUGAUAUUUGAAAGCGAACAUGAUCUAUUGGAUUCCUACAAAGCUUAUGCUAAGGCUAAGGGUUUUGGCGUUGCAACUAGAUCGAGAAGAGGCGAUAAAUAUCUACAAUACACGUGUGAAAGGGGACAACAAUCGGAGAGUAAAAAAUAUAGUAAGAGGAUGGACUGUCCCGCUCGUAUAAAUGCAAUAAACAAGGGUGAUGGUAUUUGGAUGAUUGGAAAAGUAUUCAACGAGCACAAUCAUGAACUUGAGCCAGAAAUGUCCGAGUUCAUGCCAGCUCACAGGCACUUGUCCAACGAACUGAAGAGACAGUUAGAAGCACAUGAUCGUGCCAGGAUGCGACUAUCUAAGAGUAUAAGGAUGAUGGAAAUAUUUGCUGGGGGACCAUCUAAUUUGGGAGCAACGGUGAAAGAUUGUAGGAAUUAUGUUGAAGAGAGGAGAAGGUUACGACUAGGCGCAGGAGACGCCGUUUCCAUUCAGAAGUUGUUCAAGUCGUGUCAAAAGAAUGAUAAGGAUUUCUUUUAUUUGAUGGAUGUCGACGAUGACUCUAGACUUCGCAAUGUAUUGUGGAUACAUCCUCGUAGUAGAGCUGCAUAUGAGGAUUUUCACGACGUCGUGAGCUUUGAUACGACAUACCUUGUGAAUCAAUAUAAAAUGCCAUUCGGAAGUAUUGUUGGCGUAAAUCAUCACAAUCACUCAAUCCUGCUCGGAUGUUGUCUCUUGACAGACGAAACAACAGAUUCAUUCAAGUGGUUUUUCAGAAAUUGGCUUGAGGCAAUGAAAGGGGUUAAGCCUAUUGCAAUUUUGACUGAUCAAGAUGAAAGUAUCAGAAUUGCUUUGAAGGAAAUCAUGCCUGAAAGCAUCCACCGCUUUUGUAUAUGGCAUAUAGUGAAAAAGACAAGUGAAAAGUUCAAAGGAGUUUCUGAUAUUACAGCAGCGAAAUUUGAUUUCAAUGCAAUGUUAUAUGAUAGUGUGAGCAUUUCUGAAUUUGAAUCGAGGUGGGAAGCCUUUAAGAUCAAGCACGGUUUAUAG